AUGGUGUCUGGAUUCAAAUAUCUCUUUGUCAGCGGGCUUCUAGCAAGUGCUGCUUCCCUUCCCGCCGCUGACUCUAAUAACAUUUCUGCUCGUACAUUCCCUGGGAAACGUGGUCUUGCCUACAAUGACCCUGCCGUCCUUGCCACGUUCGCCAAAAACGGAGGUCCGUUCUCCUGGUGCUAUAACUGGGCCGGCAGAGGAGGUGGUGCGCCCAGUACCGAGUUCGUCCCAAUGCUUUGGGGUCGUAGGGCUUUCGGGACCUGGAACCGAGACGCCCAGGCGUCCCUUGCCUCCGGGAGCGGGCACCUGCUCGCCUUUAACGAGCCUGACUUACCCAGCCAGGCCAGUAUGUCUCCCCAAGAUGCCGCCAGAGCAUAUCAGGAGUACAUGAACCCAUUGUCAGGCAGAGCCCGCCUCGGUUCUCCAGCUGUCACGAACGGUGGCGGCUCGCUUGGCCUUGGUUGGAUGGAAAACUUCCUCAACGCCUGUGCGGGUAGAUGCAAGGUUGACUUCCUUGCCAUCCACUGGUACGACGAUGCUACAAGAGUCGAGAGCUUCAAAAGUCACGUCAAUGCUGCGAUCGCAUUGGCUAGGAAGCAUGGGAUUGGCAAAAUUUGGGUUACUGAGUUCGCGGGACGAGGGAACGAUGCAGCACAGGUUGCAUUUUUGCAGAAUGUGCUUCCAUGGCUGGAUACCAAUCCCGGCGUCGAGCGCUAUGCCUAUUUCAAGACGGAUACGUUUGUGAGGGGAGGGAUGUUGUCUCCCGUCGGCCGUGCUUAUAGCACUGCCUAA